AUGGAGCACUUCAACGAUCUCGUCUCGCGCAACGAUGUGCUCUCCAUCAACCCCACUGUGGCCGACAUUGACAUUACCACUGGAGCAUCCAGUUGGUUGUGGGCAGUGUUUUCCAUCAUGGUCUUUACCUUGCUCAUCACUCUGGGAUGGGCCUUCACGGUUCCUCCUGGUCAAAGAACCUUCCACUACCUCACCAUCGCUAUUCUGGGAACCGCGUCUGUAGCUUACUUCUCCUUGGCCGCUGACCUCGGUGCUACCGCCAUCCCCGUCGAGUUCCUUCACGGAGAUCCCAUUCCCCGGGCUACUCGCUCCAUCUGGUAUGGUGAGUGGCGCCAGCCGAUCGCAGAACGCUCCCGAGCCAAGCAUGCACUCAAAGUAUGCUAAUGGAGACUGACAAUCGCUGCUGUUCGAACCACCUUCAGUUCGCUACAUCGAUUGGGUCAUUACCACUCCUCUCUUGCUCCUCGAGCUUCUCCUCGUUUCCGGUCUUCCCCUCUCUGCAAUUUUCGGCACAAUCUUUGCGGACGAAGUGAUGAUCAUUACGGGUCUAGUCGGAGCCCUCGUUCCAUCCACCUACAAGUGGGGAUACUUUACCUUUGGCAACGUUGCCAUGUUUGGCGUCUUUUACGUCCUCUACGGUCCCGGUCUCGCUUCUGCUCGUAGACACGGUGGCGAAAUCCAAAAGACGUACGUGACUGGUGCAGCCAUCUUGUCCUUCUUGUGGUUCUGCUACCCCAUCUCUUGGGGUCUCUGUGAUGGAUCCAACACCAUCUCACCAGCCGGCGAGAUGGUCUUCUACGGCGUCUGUGAGUAAUUCUGAGCCAUCUCAUCUCGCCAAUCACAAAAUGCGCUUGCUUCAUCACCUCUCCGCACCUCUAACGCUCCACAUCACUCCCCAUUUUUUCGCGCGCCCCCCCCUUCUCCCAGUGGACAUUCUCGCCAAGCCCGUCUUUGCAAUGAUCCACCUCUUCUCCAUGAGAAAGGUCGACUAUGCAGCUCUGCGUCUGCAGAGCGGAAAAGCUACCGACUUUGCAGACACCGAAAAGCCCGUUGUGCACAGCACCGGUGCCGGCGCUGGCACGCUCAAGACCGCCGAGGCGAACAAUAAUCAUAGCCCAGAGGCUACCGUCGCUGGUCACCAGUAG